UGCUUGGUGCUGAAGGAUACACUGAAGAAGAAGAUCGCUGAGCUCGGAUCGCGCUUUUACACCCGCCCUCCCCCUCCCUAUCUGCACUCGAUUGUGGUUCCUGUGGAGAGCCGCCGGAGCGCUGAGUGUAUACAUAGGCACAUAUACACCGCCCGGUGUGCCCGUGUGAGUGUGCCCGAGUGAGUGUGUGAGGCGGCUGCGCAGCUCCUGUGCGCACACUACUAGCACACUGGCAUUUCAGAGGAGGCCAAGCACACACAACUGAGAGAAAGUACUGUGCUCAGCCCGGCGGCGGCUCCCAGACCCCCGGCCCCCACCAGCAUGGCUUCCGAGGAACUCUAUGAGGUAGAAAGAAUUGUUGACAAAAGGAAAAAUAAAAAAGGUAAAAUUGAAUAUUUGGUGCACUGGAAAGGAUACGACAGUGGUGAUGAUACCUGGGAACCAGAGCAACAUCUAGUAAACUGUGAGGAAUAUAUUCUAGAAUUCAAUAGAAGACACAGUGAAAAGCCAAAAGACAACAGCACGAUAUCAAAAACAAAUAGGACAUCUCCCAAUAACGCCAGAAAGCAAAUCUCCAGGUCAACUAAUAGUUCUUUUUCAAGAACGUCUCCAAAAUCUUUGACUCUAACCAAGGAUGGUGAUUUAAAAAAUCUUCAGCUUCCCACCAGUCCAAAAUUACGCAGAAGUCCUCAGUUAAUUCCAGUAAGGAAAAAUAUGGACCUUUCUAGAUCGGGUAUCAAAAUUCUUGUACCAAAAAGUCCAAUGAAAAACAGGAAUUCAGUCGAUGGAUUUCAGAAUGAACCCGGAGAAAAGCUAAACCAUAUUGAACAAGAGCAGGAUUCUGUAGCACCAGAGGUGACUGCUGAGAAACCAGUUGGAGCUUUACUGGGACCUGGUGCAGAAAGAGCUCGAAUGGGAAGCAGACCAAGACCGCCACCACUAGUGCCACAAAUUCAGCUGCCAUUGACUGUUACCACAGCAUCACCGUUAGCUGUAAAUGGGAAAGGGCCGUCUACUUUCAUGCAGGCAUUGACUGCAAAUGGUACCAACACUUUGCAGACAUCAGUAGCAGGAGUUACAGGAAAGCGGAGAUUUUUUGAUGAGCGAAGAGACCAGUCUUUUGAUAAAAGGCUACGAUUCAGUGUUAGACAGACUGAAAGUGCUUACCGAUACAGGGAUAUUGUUGUGCGCAAGCAGGAUGGAUUCACACAUAUCUUACUUUCCACAAAAUCAUCCGAGAAUAAUUCACUCAAUCCUGAGGUAAUGAAGGAGGUCCAGGGUGCACUAGCCACGGCAGCUGCAGAUGACAGCAAGCUAGUUCUUUUCAGUGCAGUUGGGAGUGUGUUUUGCUGUGGGCUGGAUUUUAUUUAUUUUAUAAGACGCUUGACAGAUGAUCGAAAAAAAGAGAGCACUAAAAUGGCAGAUGCAAUUAGAGUAUUUGUAAAUACUUUUAUUCAGUUUAAGAAACCAAUUAUCGUUGCUGUAAAUGGACCUGCAAUAGGAUUGGGGGCUUCUAUAUUGCCACUUUGUGAUGUUAUCUGGGCAAAUGAGAAGGCAUGGUUUCAGACACCUUACACUACUUUUGGACAAAGCCCAGAUGGUUGUUCAUCAUUACUAUUUCCUAAAAUAAUGGGCAUUGCAUCAGCGAAUGAGAUGUUACUCAGUGGAAGGAAACUAACGGCUCAAGAAGCAUGUGCAAAAGGCCUUGUAUCUCAGGUCUUCUGGCCUGGGACAUUCACACAAGAAGUUAUGGUCCGCAUUAAGGAACUUGUGAACUGCAAUCCCGUAGUACUUGAAGAGUCCAAAGCUUUAGUCCGGAAUGUCAUGAGAGGAGAUUUGGAACAAACAAAUGAAAGGGAGUGUGAACUGCUUAAGAAGAUCUGGGGAUCUGCUCAAGGAAUGGACUCCAUGUUGAAAUACUUGCAAAGGAAAAUUGACGAAUUUUAAAAAUCCAUUACUUUUGUUUUAUGAAAUAGCCUUGAAACACUUAAAGGGAUAUCUGCACCCAUUGCGAUGCGCUAGAUUAUUUAAAGUUGUUUUUUUUUUCUUUCACGUUUGGAACAAAUAACUGAACCCUGCCAGUUUUUUUUUAUUUUCUGGGCAGACGUACGAUAUGGAGUAUACUUACAAAACAUCUAGCAAUCCACUUCUUGAACGCUGUAGAAGUUGUACCGAAAGAAGAUGUUGACAAACUUUUGCGUGACAAGGAAAUAUAGAAAAUGCAUAUUUUUUUUGUUCAUAAGAUAUAUAUAUAUGAAAUUUAUAUAAAUAUAUAUUUAAAAUAAAAUAAAAAAAACGGGUAGCAGUGAGCCCUGACUUUCAUUGCCCACUGAGGUUGGAAGGUAAAAUACCUCAGACAUGGACUUUUUUUUUUGUAAAGGACUUAAUCAGUUCCCACAAAACUAUAACUGUGUACGGAUGCAUCGUAACAAGCCCCAAAAAGAGUGUGCGUAAACUCAGGACAUAUGCUAAUAAAAUGGAGAGGAAAGGAAAACAGAUCUUUGUAUAUUGUCAGGAACAUGUCCAGGUUAUUUUUACAUUAGCAUGAUGAAACCACUGUCAAGGUAUUUUUCCUUUGUGUGAAGCAGUAUUAACAGGUCACUGAUUUAUCUUGUGUCUAAGGCUGAGGUUCAUUUACUCUUCAGAAGCAAUUUUAUAUAGUUGUUUAGUUCCUGAGUGAAACUUCCUAGCUGUUUGCAGGUAAUGUAUUACACCAAAAAUAAUUUUAUGUUCAUACAUGUAUAAAUGUUAGGUAUCACUAGAAUAUAUUUUAUUAUUUAAGUUAAUUUUGGUACACUAUUAAAUUGCAAAAUACCCUCCCCAAACUACCUUUUUUUUAUUAGGAGUGUGCUAUUCUAUUCUAUUGCCUUUUUUAAUCAAUACACUAUACAAAUCCCAAAUAU